AGACAGACCGGUUCACAUGCGAGUCUGGACUCAAUCGACCCCUUCAACAAAGCCCUUUUUCGCCAUCUACUAAACAAAACAAAGAGGAACCAUAAAUAAAUUAAAAACCUACAGAAACUUUUGGAAAGCUAAGCUCCCUUUUCUUCAUGCAUGUCUACAUCAAAAACUGACCAAAUGAGUUAAACAUUUAUUAUUUUGAGUAAUAGAUCGAUCGAAAUAAUGAAGUAACGACGACUUCACUAAAUCAAAUGGUAUAAAAUAAUCGGAAAGAAUCAACCGAAGUUGAUGGGGGAUCAAUUUGCCAAAAAAAUGUUGAUGGGGGAGUUGGUAUGUAUAUAAACGGUCCCAAAUCCCGAUACUUUCUAGCCCCAUACUAAUUUUUUUUACCAUUUAUGGCCUAUAACUAUAUUGCCUAUACAAUGAUUUCUUAUUUUAUAUAGAUAAUAUUUUAUGGUUCUUCUUCAAUGUUAGUCAUGCACUGUUAAAUAUAGGUUUGGAUAAUUGACACAUAUGUUAAAAGACAAGCGGACAUUAAGCAUAAACUUCCAAGAGAGGACCAUCCUGAUCAUUAUCCCCUUGGCGUCAAUGGGCAAAAUUAAUAAAUAUGCAACAAUAUUUGAUAUAAAAUUUGGAAACUAGUUUGAUAGUGUUAUAUAAGGACAAACAGAUUAUUAGGGAUAUGCACGUUACGUUUUACUUGCUUCCCUUGUCUCCAUCGUACUUUACAAUAAAUUAAAUACUUUUAAAAUAGAUCAAUACCUGCUAACUAAACCACGUAUGAAUUGUAUUCAUCUAUCCAAACAAAUGAAUAUAAUAUAGGAUUUUAUCAUUGAUUCAUGCUUUUAUCGAGUAAUUCUACCUAGGAGUUUGCUCAUAGAUCUGCCCACACACAAAAAGAAAAAACUGAAACCAGAACAAAAUUCUUGUAUAUUCCAUAUCUAGUCAUGUCAUUCAAAUUCUUGCCAAACCGACACUCAGUUUUAUAAUUAACCACUUACAUUAAUAGGUUCCUGUAACUUGAAUUUCUUACACAUCAUCAGUAUAGAUAUAAAACAUUAAUCUAUUGAUCUUAUAUAUAACCUAGAUUAGUCAUACAAAAUCUUCAACAAAUAAAAGCUUAAAAGGUACAAACGCUGGUGUAUCAACAAAAGUUUUUAAUGUUAUCAACAAUUAAAGUAGUUCAGAAAGAUUGAUCGGAAAGAUCAGAAGUGGUUCAGAAAAACCAAAGCGCAUAAAAAGAAAAGAAAAAAUCACAUGCAUGUCUACGAAAGAAAAGUUUUCUUAGAAAAUAAUAACUAUAGUUGUGUUAGAAAAACAAAGUAAAAAUGAAAAAAAAAAAGACAGUGAGAUUCAGAUAUUGGGAAAGAUCAGGGGGAUCGUUUCUUCUUAUGUACCUUUGUUUGGGGAUUCAGUGUCUGAAGUGCCAGUCACUUACACAGAUCUACCCUACAUCACACCACAUGCCUCCUCUAAAGUAAAUACGUAUUUACCUUUCGUAACCUAAUGUAUACUAUUUAUACAUCAUGUAUUUGCUGACUUUUAGUUUCAAAUAGCUAUAUAAUAUUUUUAAUUUGUACAGAGUUUUAUAUAUGGUUCAUGGAGUCCAUAAAUAAUAUAUGAAAGCCAUGAUUAAACCGAACGUGAGAUGUCGUGCGGACCCAAAGUAAAUAUAUUUAAUCAACCCCAGAAUCUUAUAAAGAUACCAAUGGAAUCUUAAUUAAUAAAAGGAAUUAAUUAGGCUACUUCCUCUCAUAAUAGACCUUAAUUGAUCAAAAAAUAUAAUUUGAAUUCAAACGAUUGCAAUUAUAUCCGAAAUGGUAAAUAGAUUAUAUAUACAUUUCACCCACUAGAUAUAUAGUCAAUAUAUGACGAAAAAUAUAUACUAAAGGUAAAAUAUGCAUGUAAAUGGUACAUCAUGCAUGUACAAAAAGUCUAAAGUCUAAACACAUGACAUGUCUCUGUAGCUGCUUUAGCCGUGCACGACAUAAAUUCUAACCAACCUCUAGGUUUAGAUCUAGAGUAAAAACCCUUCAAUUUCAAUCCUUGAAGUUAUAUACAUAAUACAUAUCCCUAAUUUCAGAUCUUAUUUCUGUAAAUAAAGUUACCUAUUAUAAACUAACUAAUACUUGUACUGUUCUGCAUGUUACUUCUUGAUUAUUUUCCAAACACAUGCAUGUUACUACUUUAACAAGUAGGCAUGUUAGUGUAUGUUCACAUUAGCAGAACUUUGAUUUCAUUUUACAUCUUUUGUAUAAGUACAAAAUAUAUGCAUGUCUAGAAGUUUGAUUAAAUCUUUAAUAUACUAAGAUUACUUAUAUAAUAAUAGGCUCCAUAUUCUUGAUUUUAUUCUUUUUUUUGUUGAUGUAACGCUCAUUGAUACGAAUAUAUAUAUAUACCUGCUUUUUACAUUAAAAAUAACUUCUUCCUCAAUUUGCAAUAAUUACUUUUUUUAUCUCUUCCCUACAGAGAGAGAGGCAUGUAUUUACUUUUUUUUGGCAUGUAUUUACUUUCUUUUUUUGAAAAGGGGUGUAUUUACUUUCUGUUACGUAGAAACAACUUAACUUCACUGAUAUAAAAAUAAUUUAGAACCUAAAGUUAGAAUACGCUAAUGACUACGUUGAAAUAAAUAAUCAUAUUUUUUUAAGUCUGAAAGUUCAUUGCAAAACUGUUCUACUAAAGUUACAAAAGAAGUUUAACUGACUAUAAUUUAGUCAAAAAAAGAACAACUAUCUUAACGAUCAAACUAAAGUAUAAAGUACAUCUUUAUUCAUUAUGAGAACUGUAUUACUAAUAUGUUUAAUUGGAAUGUAGUAUAGUUUUAUACUUUUAUCUGUCAAAAGCAAUAAAAUCAUGAAGAGAAGUAGUGUGGUUUCUUCUUUCAUCUCUUAUCUUUCUAAUUAUUUUAUGAUAUAUACACACACACAAAAGAAAAGCAUGUAUGUAAAGACAGAAGCACAUAUAUAUAAAGACACCCAGUAGUUCACUUCUCUAAGAAGAUUUGUCCAGGCACACGCCAAAACACAAAAACAAACCUUCAAGAACAGAUCAGUUUAAUAUUUAUAUAUAAACGAAACAAAUGGAUAUUGGUUUAAUACAAGAUCUGCCCAUGUUGAAUUUCCCAUCACCCAUCAAGAUUCGAUCCAACAUAGAUGAUGACGGUAACAGCGGGGGCUGCACCACUCCCACUUCCUCCCAUCACAAGAUUCCUCCCUUAACCGCCACUACUCCUCCUCCUCCGCCGCAGAAACGGCGCCCACCUCCGACGCCGUCAUCUCUAGUCAGAUCUUGCAAGAGGAAGCUUAUGACGUCAUCCAAGUUUGAGAUAAUCGUCAACAAAGAUGAGAUCGAUCGCUUCUUCUCCUCUGUUUACAACCAGAGGGUGACGUCGUCCCCCACAACCACAACAACCACUACCACUACGACGGCUCUGACAGUGUCCAAGCGACGGAGAAGUUUCCGUUCUUGCUCCAGGAAAUAAUCAAUAGUUGGAAUUAACCACUAUCAUGUUAAAGGUUCUUUCAUUCAGAUAGCUUUUUCCUAUUUUUAUUUUAUUUUAUUUUAUUUUCUGCAUGUAAUGAUUUUCGACUUUACACGUCUACCCACUCUAUAAAUAUACAUGUGCGAUCGGUAGAUAGAUGGUAUCUUUUUCUUACUAAUUUCAUUUGAAUUAUGAGAAAUUUUAAUAAUAUAGUUUUGCUAGCUUUUUGUAAACGGAUGACAAAAUAAUAAAAUAUUUCAGAAAGAAAUUCUACA